AUGAAUGAGGCAUCUCGCAUCCUUAAGCAAAAGAAGCAGCACACGCUGUUCCUGCCCGGGGGCUCCCAGGACCCCCACGCUGGCUGCUGCGCGUGUGCCCGCUCGGGUUCCCCAGCAGCCCCACACAGACGCUGCGUCCCCUCUCGUUGGCAGUUCGCUAUCCCCCUCGAUUCCCCCUCUCCUCCGGGCUCCCUGUGGCAUUUGGAGGCUCCCACCGUCGGCUCCAAAUGUUUUCCAUAUUUGUUCAGCCUCCGUGAUUCAAAUACCGGGAGCGGCUCAGCCUGCGCCCAGCCCAGUGAGUUCCUGGGGGCCCCGCAGCCCACCCACCCACCGGCCAUGGGCCAGGACGAGCAACCACCAGCCCCCAACGCUCCCCAAGGCAAACCGAGUCAGGGGCCAACGGCGCCCGCCGGGGAGCAGGGCACCGCUUCAGGGGCCAAGAACGACCCGGGGCCGAAGAAAGGCAAAGGGGACCCCAAAGCGUGCCGGGAGGAGGAAGCCCGGACUUGCUGUGGCUGCCGUUUCCCACUGCUGCUCGCCCUGUUGCAGCUGGCCUUAGGCAUCGCUGUGACAACUGUGGGCUUUGUUAUGGCAGGCAUCAGCUCUUCCUUGCUAGUCAGAGAAACUCCAUUUUGGGCUGGGAUCAUUGUUUGUGUGGUAUCCUAUCUUGGCUUGUUCAUGCUCUGUGUCUCAUAUCAAGUGGAUGAACGGACAUGCAUCCAGUUUGCUAUGAAACUGUUCUAUUUUCUGCUGAGUGCCCUAAGCCUGAUCGUCUGUGUGCUGGCAGUGGCCUUUGCUGCCCAUCACUACUCCCAGCUCACACAACUGGUUUGCAAAAACACCCUUGAUUCCUGCCAGUGCAAAAUGCCCACGUCGGAUCCACUCAGCAGGGCCUUUGUUUACCAGGAUGUCAGUGACUGUACCAGCAUCACCAGCACUUUCAAACUCUUCCUACUCAUCCAGAUGGUUCUCAAUUUGCUCUGUGCCAUGGUGUGCUUGCUGGCAUGUUUCAUGAUGUGGAAACACAGAUACCAAGUCUUUUACGUGGGUGUCCGCUUGUGCUCCCUAACUACUUCUGAAGGCCAACAGCAGAAAGUCUAAUUUUUUUUCAUUAAAUGUUGGGGGAAGAAACAGCAGUGGCAAUAUUCUAGGCAACCUGAAGACCUAAGAGUUAAAAACUAACAAUGACAACAUUUUUUUGGCACUGAUUAAUGUGCAUAGGAUCUCAAUGAAUAUAUUUUUAUAUAUUUCAGUAAUACUAUUUCUAUUACAGAACAAAUUUUAAUGGGAAAAAAAUCUAGCAAACUAUAGGAUUGUAAAAGUAUAGCUCAACAUAUUAUCCCAAUAAAGCCGAUUCCUGAUUAUCCACAAUGGGGAAGGACAAUAGCAAUCAUUGAAAUCUGAAUAUAGUCGCUAACUGUCAUUUUACUCAUUAACUUUAGACCUCUUAGGCAGCUAGAUGGCAUAGUGAAUAGAGUGCCGGGCAUGAAGUCAGGAAGAUUCAUUCACCUUCCUGAAUUCAAAUUUGGCCUCAGACACUUAGUAGCUGCAUGACCAUGGGCAAGUCACUUAACCCUGUUUGCCUCAGUUUCCUCAUCUGCAAAAUGAGCUGGUGAAGGAAAUGACAAACUUCUCCAGUAUCUUUGCCAAGAAAAUCCCAAAUGGGGUCACAAAGAGUCGGACAUGAUUGAAACAACCGAACAACAACAAAAAUUGAUAUUCUAAACCCCCAAACAAAGCAUUUCCAAGGGACCCACUCUCCAAAUCCCAGAAAUACCCUCAACAUGCACUUUCCGCUUGGGAGCAUCUUCUUUUCCUGGCUUCCCAAAGGGCCAAGAGCUGCUUGAGCAGGUGUUACACUGUUCCCUACAGAUAUAUUCAUUUGUUUUUCAUCUCCUGUCAUCCAGUAGUGAAACAAAUUCAAAGGUGGGUCUCAAAAGGGAGGGCAGACAGUAAGAGGCCUGGAUAAACCACUGAGGUAAUUCUAAGAAACAAGAGGACAAAAGCCUUAUCAGUGUUUGGUGAAUUGAGUUACUAUGAACUGCAUGUCAAGUAGGUAUGUGCUUAUUUAGAGGCUUCUACUGGUGACUAGCUCCUGGAAAGCUGAAAGGGGACAAUAGGACUACUUUUAACACACCAGAAGUUAUUUUUAAUAAUCACAACUUGCCUUCCAUUGCAUCAAGCCAAUAGUUACAGCCAUUUUUUUUUAUUAAAUUGUUAUAAUUUAAUGUUCAGAGGUCUACUUAAUUAACCCUGGGUGCAUUUACCACGGCAUUAUUUGUAUUCCUGUGAAUUGUAAUCAUAAACAAAGAGGCCAAAAAGGGCUAUUUUUCCUGAAAGCCAAGCUUUACAAGGAAAGGAGAUUUAUAACUCAGGUUAAAAAAUAUAUAUGUAUUUAAACAAAAAUAGAAAGGAAUUACAAUGAGAAAUAUUAGUACUGCCAGUGCAUUUGAAAAUUAUCUGUCUUGGUAGCUAUUCUCUUGAAGAAUUAGGAAUGCCAAUAUGUUCAUAAAAUACUUAAGAUGCAAUCCUAUUAUCUAUGUACCGGCUGUCCCAAAAGUUUUAAUGCAGUUUUAAGCUACUAAAGCUGCCAAAGUUAAGCUUAAAACUGCAUUGAGACUUUUGGGACACCCUCUAUAUCCAGUCACUUUUAAGAAUCUAGGCAAUAUUUUAAAAUCCUUAUGCCAGCCCACUUAUAGUAAUGAUAGGCUUCUGUGACAUUGUAUACUAUCAUUACUGCAUAGUGGCAUUCAUUCAUCCAAGAAGCAUUUAUUGAGCACCUACUAUGUGCAAAGUGGUAUUAACAUUCUGUAAGUUUCAGGUACAAAACCCCUUUUUAAAACUGAAUUCAAUCCACUACUACAGUGUUAGUGCCUUCCUGAAAACGAUAGGAGGCAUAAAUAUAAAAGAACAUUCCCUAUGUAACAUUUAUGUUAGCAUGAAAGCACACAUUCAAGUUUUUCCUUCAGUAAUCCCCACAUACUUUUCUUGUUAAUAUUCUUAGCCAACUACAAAAUGGCAAAACUCCCACAAAAUCUUUUGUGACUUGGAAGACUAAUAAAUAAUUCCAAUAUGAUUGUGAAAAUGAAGUCUCUUUCUAUGUAAUGCCAAAUGUCUGGAUGAAAUAUGAAAAUUUCAUUCAAUCUCCCAGAUGUGUGCAAAUAUCUAGAUUAUUUUAGCUAAUAACACGAUUACUUUUUUUUUUACUUUUCAUCCAGAUAUUUUGACAUUUUGUAGAUAGAGCUGAGAUAGAAAAGUAAUAGGGAAAGGUUGGAGUGGGAGGAGAGGGAGAGAGAGAGAGAGAUCAGAAACAAUAGGAAUAGUCUUCUAGAGAUGGAAAUUUAACAACUAAGACUGUACAUACAUUGUACCAAGCAUCCUCACAGUUAACUGAACAACAACUCAAAUUUAUGUAGCACUUUAUGCUUUGAAAAAUGUUUCCUUUACAACCGUCUUGAAGGGGAAAGGGACAGGAUUAUUGUUUACAUUUGCAAAAGAGGAAACUGAGUCAUAACAUUAUUCAGUCGUCACACUGUCAGAGUUUGAAGAGACCUCAAAGACCAUGUAUUUCAACUUUAAUCUGAAAAAGGAACGCCCUCUACAACCUACCAAAUCCAAACAGCUCUUUGUUUGGAAACUUUGAGUGGGGCAGGGGCAGGAAUCAAGACUCACUAAGGUAGUCUCUUCCACUAUGGGACAUCUAAAUGGCUUCCUGCCAACUGUUAUUGAAUAACUGAGGAAACAAUCCAAGCAAUACAAUUUAUUAAUACAGGCAUAAUAAAUGGGUAAACAGAUUCCUCAGUCAGUCCAAAGACCCUGACCACAGAAUGAGACAGAUUUUUAUGUAUUAAAAACAAUCAAAUAAGAACAAUUAAUUAAAAGAAAACAAUUAACCAGGAUACAAAAUUAGGUAAUCUGAUUUCUAAUUGGAGGAAAGAUUAGGGACUUUCCAGUUUGGGAGGGGAGAGGAUGAACAAGUGCAAUUCCCUGAAAUCAUAAAAAGAGGUGUCCAGGUCCCCCAAGUAUCUGUAUUCAAUCAAAGGAACAUGGAAACAAUAAUUGAUUGACCAGUACAAAGCCAGUUUUUAGAUAAGACAUAUGGGCUGCUUGAGUUGCAUAAUUAUGAGAAAACUCCUUGCAUCAAUCUUUGGAUCUGACUGGGUUUUUUGGUCAACAAAACCUACAUCCUUAGUUAGGGGUCUCUGAGCAACAGGUAGAGGUGGUCCAGCUUCCCAACCAGUAAGGGCCAGAUUCAAGCAUUGCAAAAAUAAAGUUUUCUCACAAUUCCCAUAACUGAAUAAAGUUUUCUCACAAGACAGGAAUUGGACUAGACCCAUAAUUGAAUAGAAAAGGAAAUGAAGGCAAUCCCAAAGGACUCAUAAUGAAGCAUACUAUCCACCUCCAGAGAAAGAACUGAUAUUGCUUGAAUACAGACUGAAGCAUGCUAUUUUUCACUUUCUUUCAUUUUUUCUUUUAUUCAAGUCUUCUUAUACAAAAUGACUAAUAUGGAAAUGCUUUGCAU